GUCUUUUUAAGCGCCAUGGUAAACAUAGAACAUCUAAACUUCUUCUUUUCAUUUCUUUUCCUUUUUUUUUUUUUUUCGUUUUCAAAAGCCAUUGCCCGAGCAUUGGACGAAUGGGAGCGAAAGAAAGAAGCAGGAGAACUGGUAACUGAACAAGAUCAAGAGGAAGAAAACAUAUAUGCUGUCACAAAAGAACAAGAGGAGAGCGAUGAAGACAUGGAAACAGACCAAACUGAGGAAGGAAAUCAACCAUUUGUUGCUCAUGUUCCUGUACCGUCACAAAAAGAGGUAGAGGAAAUGCUCGUUCAAAGAAAGAAAAUGGAACUGCUCGAAAAAUACGCCAGCGAGACUCUCAUACAGCAAAGUCAAGAGGCAAAAGCUCUACUCGGUCUUUAACCCCAUGCUUAUUCAUUUGCACAUAAUAUCUAACUGAAAGCCGAAGGAGUCUCCUUCAAGGAUUACUGCAAAUAAUUACAGGCCGAGUGACAUGUGGAAUUUCCAUGGCAACAAAAAAAUGAUUGACGGGAACGACAAAGUCUCGCUCCCAGUUUCUCUUGUCUGCACAAACGAAGCUGCCCCUGGAUUAGAAUGCGAGUGGACUUGGAAGGAACUCUGUCAAAUAAACAAACGACGUCGGGAUCAAACAACGAAGAUCAUUUAAA